UUUAUACUUUUCAUUACUUUUAUAUUAGAUGUUAGAUAAAGUUACAGACACAUCAGCCUGCACCUGCAGCAACCCUUCACUUCUCAUAGUUGGCGAGGGAAACUUCUCUUUUGCUAAAGACAUUGCUACUUUUAACAAGUUUUUAUCAAUAUAUGCAACAUCUUAUGAUCCAAAAGAAGUGAUAUCUUCAGAUGAAGAAACUUGUUUUAAUGUAAACUUCUUAAAGCAUUGUUCUAACGUAAAAGUUCAACAUGGUGUGGAUGCUACCAACCUGUCUGCAUACUUCCCUGACAAAGAAUUUUGUGUAAUAGUAUUCAACUUUCCACAUGUUGGUGGUAAAUCUAAUAUAAAGAAAUGCAGAGCAUUACUUCAUAACUUUUUUAUAAGUGCCUCUAGUCAUCUUUGUGGCAACGGUCAUAUCUCUUUGGCACUGUGUCGUGGACAAGGUGGUACGCCUGCUGAUAUUCCACGACGGCUAUAUGGUAAUAGUUGGCAAGUUGUUACACAAGCAUGCAAAGCAGGGAUGAUUCUUGUAGACGUUUUUCCAUUCGAUGAAACCUUGAUGCAACAUUAUCGACAAGCUGGCUAUCGUGGAAACUUAAACAAAGGCUUUAUCACCAUGCAAGGUUUAAUUCACAUUUUUACAAGAGGAAAGCCUUUAAUCCACAGUCCCCCUUACAACACAAGGAUGGAAAUGAAAAAUCAAUGUAGUGUUUUAGAAUGUAUCAAGCCUCUUAUGAAGUCAUCAAAUCUCUCGACAGUAAAUGUUUUAAUGAAUAAGUUGGAUGCUUUGUUAUCUAAGACUGUGGAAACUCUACUUAGUUCUCAAUUUAGCAGUAUUAAUUAUCUGGAUGGAGAUUCAAUAACUAAAGUUAAAAAGCACCUGGAUGGUAACUUUACUUUGUUUGUGCAUAUUGCACCUGUUUUGCAAAGACUGAUAAAAAAUAAAGAGUGUGCAGUUUUCUCGUAUUAUUCUUACAAUAAAUCCACUAAAUUGGCACCUUGGUAUCAUAGCAUAUCUCAUGACUAUAUGUUAGCUGCAAACACGUCUCAUUUAACUAUUACUGUUAAAGAACUUAAAGAUUUUCUCCUGUCGAAUUUAUGUAAUGUGUUGUUACAGAAUGUUGCAUGUGAGGUCAUUACAUGUGUUUGUGGUGAACCACAAGAAAAUAACUGCACUUGUGUUUGUGGAACCAACCUGUUAGCUCCCAUCGUAAAAAACAAGGACACCUCUACAACUUACAAUGAAAUGGCUGUCAUAGAUUUCAUUGAUGACUUGUCACCUGUGUUUUGGACGACUCAGAAACCCACAGUUAGUAUUUCACAAAAGGAUGAAUUAUCCGGUGAGGUAGUUUAUAAAACAAUUCCUCCUUGUGAAUAUGAAUUAUGUACACUAGAGGAAAAUUAUUUCAAUGCUAAAGAUAAAGAAAUAAUUGGAGAUACUUCUUACUUGGUGGACAAUUUUAGUGUAUCCAAGGUUGUUGUGAAUGGUCUUUGUAUAGCAACUGUCUUUUUCAAGGAUGAAUUGCUGAUUUUAACAUUUCAUGCAAACGAAUUGUUUUUUGCAUGUUAUGGUGUCAAAGAUUUGCGUUACCUAUGGACUGUUGAUGAUUUAUUUUAUGAGCAGCUGCUAUCACAUUUAGAUACUGAUUUGAAGAACGAUGCCAUUACUCCUCUAAAGACUGAUAUAGAGAGAAGAAUAAAGUACCCAAUGUGUUUUCGACAUGAUUUGUGUUUCUGGCUGGAUGAGAAUUCUGAUGAAAAAAAAUUAUACAAUGCCAUCAGCUGGGUAUGCAAAGAUAUAAUACAUAGUGUGCGUUUACUCAAAGUGUUGAGACAUGAGGAGAGUGGUUGUGUAAGUUAUUGUUAUAGAAUUAUAUACUGUCGCGUUGAUGGACCCUUGACUCGCCAAGAUACUGUUUUAAUGCAGAACAAUUUAAGAAAAUUAUUAUUGGAAAACGGAUUUCAACUGCGUUGAUUCAUAUGUUAUGUUUUUUAACGAAGAUCUGCUGAUCAUGAGUUCCUACCCAUGCUUUGGUUCUUUCUCAAAAUUUUAUAAAAUUUCGACUUUCCAAUUUACAUGCAAGGAGUAAAGAAAUUUGGUACAGGAAAAGGAAAAAAAAUAUCAAUUUACUAUUUUUUAUAGGGAGCUAUUUAGAAAUUUUUGGUGAAAAAGUAAAAUCUCUUUUUGAUUUUUACUGUCACUAUCGUGUUUUACCAAUUCAUAAAAUAAACACAUAACAUCUAUUUUAACAAAUGAUUUUAUAUCAAAUGAGUGAUAUUCAUAAGAAAAGAACAAUUUAUUUAGUUUAUCAGGGACUUAAGCAGAUUAGAACGAUUAGAACCUGUAAACAGUGGUUGCUAGUAGUCUCCUUGAAUAAAAUUUUGCACUAUUCAGCUUUAGUUGUACUGGCUAUAAUUUGUGAAUGUUUUACCUUGGCUGUAUAGGUAACUUAAAAAGAUAAUGAGUUUCUUGCCGUAAGGAUGUUCUUUGGACCAUCCUAGAACUAGCAUAUCAUGUGAGUAAAUUUCCAUUUUUCUCAUCAAAGGACAAAGAACUGCCAUAAACCUUUAGUAAGGGAUAAUCUACACAUUCUGUGCCAACUCUUAAAUAAGUUAAUUCGAAGAAAAGAAAAGUGAACUCUACUCAUCAAAAAUUGUCUCAUACGAGACGAUUUGUCUAACUUUUCUAAUUUUUUUCUUUAAACAUUCAAUUGGAACCAAUUGGAACAAAACGUUAAUUAUUUCAAACAUAAUAUUUACAUUUAUUCGUUGUGAAUUUGUAAAAAUUGCAAUGCUCAAACAGUUUUUGUAAAUUUGUAGAUUUGAUUUACAAUUCACAGGCGCUGUUUUGUAAUAUUUAGACACAAACAGUUUGCGCUUUUCCUCUUACUUGUUUAUAAUCCUUAGUUUUCUUUCAUUGCUAGGCGCCAUUGCUGGCUAAUUUCGCUGAUUCAAAAAUUUUUAGCACCAACAAUUUACCUCUAUUAUCCCUACUCCUACAUAAUGUAGUAUUUCUACUUUAUCUACAGAGCAAAAUUGAUUUGUACACGUACAAGAAUGCCGUUUCUAUUGACAUUGAUGUGUUUGCUGGCAAGAGUCGGACCACUUUAGUUCUUUGCCUUUUUUUAAUGAUAAAAAAUUUUAAAAUUAAUACACUACGCUUUAUUUAAACUAUAAUUAACCAUAUUUUUCUUCUUACGAUUCGAUUUUAUUUUCCUAUUCGAAAGUUUUCUCGGGAGAUAAUAGAAUGCAAAUAAAACAGACAAACGUGGUUGGGAUGGACACAAGAGCAGGUAUUAGCCAUCUUGUUGCUUUUAAACGGGAAGAAACGUAAUCAGUUGUUCACCAUUAGCCAUAUAGUUCUUCUAAAGCGAUUGAAUUGAUUUUCUUGACGAACGAGUCAACUUUGAUCUAAGACUGUAACAAAUUUAAACACGCCCAUUGAUCCAUAAUGAAGAAGCUGAACAUGCUCUUGUGAAACUGCAAACUGCCUUAAUCAUUGAUUUGAAUUUUUACACAGCCAUAGCGAUAGAUAAUCUCGUAUAAAAAUUGUGCUACUACUGUUGAUGCGCUUUUAUCUUUGAUAGGCUUUGCUUCCGACCAUUUAGAAAAAUAGUCGAUACAAACAAUGAGGUGUUCGUAUACAUCCACGUUCAUUUGUUUCAUAACUUUACUUAGAACUAGUAUACUAUGAAGUUCUGGGGUAGUUUUUUUAUAAAUGUUUGUUUGCUGCUGACAAUUUUUACAAUUCUUGAUGUAAUUUUUAACAUCAUCCCCAAUUCCAAAUAAAAAAAUCUUUCAAUUAACUUUUGAUAUGGAGACUCACGGCCUCGAUGACUUGCCAUAGCCUUCGAACUUGCACUUUUAGUGAUUCCUCUGUGAAUGUCAUGAAUAACUGUCAUCUUUUGCUCUUUUUCAAAAAAACACCUUUCUUGAGUCUGUAAAAAAGCUCUUCAUUCUUCACUGAAAAUUUUCUGCAUGUUCUUCUAAAAUUUGCUUUUUUUGCCUUUAUUCUUUGCCAUAUGUAGGUUGUAUGAGGCCUGUGUAAGAAGUGUUAUGUACGGUAGUGAGACAUGGGCAGUAAAGCAGGAAGAUCUUGACCGUUUAGAAAGGAAUGAUAUGAGAAUGGUUAGCUUAAUGUGUAACGCCAGUCUGAGAGACAGAAAGAGUUCAGAUGAGCUAAGAAGCAGGCUAAGUAUUCGUAGAAUUAAAGAUUUUAUCCAGAUAAGAAUAUUGAAUUGGCUGGGGCACUUGGAAAGAAUGGAGGGGGAUAAUUGGGUAAGAAAGUGUAGAGACUUGAUAGUUCCUGGGGCAAAUCCCAGAGACAGACCGAGAAAGACAUGGCAGGAGGUUAUAAGGACAGACUUGAUAGAGAGGAAGUUGAGUUUAGAUCUAACACAACCCAUGCUAGCAUGGAAAACGGACGUUAAGCCGAGAAUGAUGAUGAUGAUAUAUCUUUCGGAUAAGUUUUUUCCUCAAAAAAUCUUUAACAAUUUUUUAAGUCAACGUGCUGUGUCGCCGCCAUUUUAUUGUUUAUUAUUGAUUGUUUGUGUUUAAACGAAAAUAUAUAAAUCAUCAUAAUAAACAUUCGAAUUAUAAAUAAAGGAAGCCAGCGCAUUCAAAUUUGCAAUGGAAUGCCUUUAGUAAUAGUUAGUAAAUAAUGUAAGUAAGUGAGUAAUAAUUUCCGUGUGGAAGUAAUAAUUUCUUGGAAAAUUACCACUCCAGGAUUACUGGGAAAGUAUGUUUGUUCGGGGAGUAAUUAUUUACGGUUACACCAGACAAACUCUAACUUCUUUUUUCCAAUUCUUAUCUACUAUGAUGACAUUACAUUGCAUGCUAAUUCGACCAAUAUUCUAAACCUUAUUCGAAAUAGUUCUGCUACUAUUUGAAGUAUACAAAAAUGCGCUAUAAAAAAGAAGCAUUUCAUCAUGAUUAAAAAAUACCUACUGUAGCCGAGGCCUCUCAAAAUAUAACUGAUUAGAUCAGCCCGUACUCAGCAUGAAAUUUCCUUUCCAGCAAUGUAUGACAUGAUAAUAUGUUGAAAAAUCGAAUUUUUGACAAAAACCCAAAUCCUCUAUUAUAUAUUUUGGCCAAUUUUGGGAGUUGCCGGGACGGGACUCAGUCAAUGGAAACUCAACCCCCUCAGAAAACGGCUCAGACACAAAAUUAUUUGCAAUGGGAGUCUCAACAAGAGAGUUAGUAUGAUAAAUGUCACCUGUCACUUGACUUUACUGUAUUAUGUUUCCCCCUCGUGACCUUCGAAAAAUUGUUGGAAUUCUCCUCUAAUUAAAUCUAACCACGGCUGUUGUGAGGAUGGGCGACUCGGCAACGUCGGUGGUCGAAGCUGAUGAUGCCUGAUGACCAGUGAAGACAUUUGACGCCACAACUGCAGUUGACUCAACGCUGGUUGCUGUGUUGGUCGGCUGGCCGCAUGUGCGGAGCCUGCUCGACCUCGUGGCCAGGUUGGUUGAUGGAAUUGGGGCUAUACAUGAUGUAGUGGGCGCCGACAUAGCUACCACCGAAUUUGGCGGUUUGUAGAAAGAAAACAGGCGACGGGCAAUUAUUUAAGGCAAUCCCGAGUCAAUUAAAUUCAAUGCAUUGCACACUAACCGUAAAGUUUGAACUAGCAAUGCGGUCAUUCUGCCAGACUCUUCGUAUCUGCGUCAGCCACUGGCAAAGCUCCUCCAGAAAGCCGUCGAACGGCGACGCAAAGAGCUAUCAUUAUCGACAUGUACAAAAAUCUAACAAGUAACAUCUUUCGUCACGUAAGUUAUUAUUUGCUGAACCAAUUUAAAGGGUAACAAAAGUUCGUUUAAAACCACAACUACUGCUGGCUAUAAAUUUUGUCUAAUUUUGGGAGUUGCCGGGACUCAGUCAAUGGGGCUUUUUUUCCUCUGAAUCCUAACACUAUAACCUACUGCUAUAUCAAGUUUCAGCUUUAUAUUAUUAUUUUCAUUGUUCUAUCCUACUCUUUCGGCCAUGUGGAAGUAUCUAACAGUGUUACCUAAUUUUUAAACACAGGCGAAAAGUAUUAUAUCUUUAAAGCAAUUAUCCAUACUAUCGCUAAUUCUGACGAUAGUGUCCUGAUAAUUAGGGGAGACAGCCUUUUCUGUAGUAUUAAAGCGUAAUAGUGUUUUCCAAGCUCUCGAAUCUCAAUCUGACUUAUUUAGUUAGUUAAUUUGCUGCUAUUGCUUUUCAACGAAUCAUCCACUAAUAAUUUCACCUUACCCUUUGUCCAGGUAAAGUCUUGGAUUCUUCUGACAGCUUUAACAGGGUCGUGCUUUUCUUGUUGAAAUCCCAGACUCAACCGGCGAAUAGGGCUCAAAACAUCGAUGUAGAUAUUUAUGUGUAUUGGGUUGCAUUUUGCCAUUUCUUCGCAAAGUCCUUUAGUUCUGCUCGGUUCAAUGCUUGCGAUCUGUAGUCGCAAGUGACUCUAAAUAAGCCAUGAAAGCACCAGAGAAAUAAGAUUCUUAUUUCUCUAAUUAUUAAAUACGAAAAUGCAGUGUAGAGUAUUCACAGAAUUCAAAAGUAAAUUUUUAAAUGUGAUUACAACACUUUUAUAACAUUCUUCUACAACUAAACUGCUUACAAUUACACUAAAUUACUUCAAACAAGAAACUAUCCAUAAACCUAAAUUCUAAAUAAUGUUUACUUUAACUACACCUAAAAUUGUUCUUACAGUACUCUAUUUUUUUCUCUCCAAUUAGCGGACAGUCCAAGAAAAUCAAACGAGCAAAAAACAAUAGACAAAAAUGAUCAUUUUUGAUAACAUUUAUUUCAACCAUUUUGCAACUUUGGUAGAAUGAUUAAGUACUUUAUUUAACUACUUUAUCAGCUUGUCAUGGCAAUGAAAGCGAUAAAUAACAGGGACCUCUACACCAUAUCUAAUGAUUCAAUCGCUUUCCAAUGACUUAAGCCGUAAUGGUAGUGUUUGGAAUCCUUAAAAAAAAUUAAGCAUAUUGCUGAAAUAUUAUGUGGAACGUGCCCAACAAUGUGCUCAACUCCAAAAGAACCAGUUCUUAUUAUUGCAAUCGCAUUUUUGUCAACCUCAUUAGAUGGUUCAUGCUUGCAUUGCAACAUCUCAUCUAUCAAUGGGUUCUAUAUGUUCAUAUAGACAUGAUGUCCUCUUGCAAAAGACCUAUAUCCAUAUUCAUUUCAUUGUUUUUCUAUGUAUAACAGGGCAUGUGUUCCUUUGAUUGACUUCACAAUAGGAUCGUCGCUUGUAAAUGUGUUAACAGAUUUCAUAAACCCAUUAUAAAUCUUUUUAUGCCAAAACCUUGCGCAUUGUUUUGUGGCUUCGUCAAGCACAUUCAUCUAUCCAAUCAUCAUUAUUGUAUGCCGGUACAAUUCCCUUAAUCUGCCAUUGUUACCCGUAUUAUUUUUUGCGUCCGAAACGACCAACAUCGUUCAAUUGGGUUGGACCAUGAAUAUUGUGGAGCGUAACACUGCACAAUGUCUAAGUCCAAGUUUUUCUACAGCAUUCCAAGUGAAAGAAAAUUAAUUAACCCUUUCACCGACCAAUCGGGUCCACCAUCAGCAAUCAUGAUAACCUUCUUAGCAUUAUUCCACUAAUCGGGAUGGAUACAGUUGCACCAGUAGCUGACCAGAACGUGGCCAUUUUACGUUCACACGACUUUUUUGUCUCUGCAAAGAUUACAGAUUUUUAAAGUACAGGGAAACUGAGAUCCUUCAGAAAAAGAUUAUUUUCUAAUGCUGCUUUUUCUAACUGGUAGUGAUAUUGAUCGACUUCUUGGUGUCUUUUUUAGCAGUAUCAAGUAGCUAGCUGGAACUAAUUUGGAAUUAGGAUUGGAGAAAUCGUGAUCAUUGUAAUUUGUGCCCUUGUUCUUGAUAUAAAUUUGUCAAAUUGCACAACGCCUGCUAGUUGCAGGAAUUCCGACUUUCACUUAGUUUUUGUUAUCAACGGUAGGAGCUAACGUGUUUUUAUUAUGAAUUGCGUCGUAACGUAACGUCGUAAAAUAAGGAAGUCCUAACGUAGUAAAAUGAGGACGUUGUAACAUCUACCGGCGAUAGUUUGUCAUCGUGGCGGUAACAUCAACGAUGAAGGCACUAGCAAUGGUACUAAUGUAGGAACUAAGAAAGGGCUGCUUCUAAACGUAAUUUUUCUAAUCUUUUGCUAAAGAACUUUGACAUCCUUUCUCUUCAAAGUCUAGAUUGAAAUGACACGUUAUUGACAUUCUCAUUAUAUAUAUAAGCUGCUCUCCUACAUCACUCUCCGCCCUACUCCCUCACCCUUCCCCGCUCUCCACCGUUAUGAUUUAAAAAACCGUAUGAAUCUCUUAUAAGCCCUAGAGACACACGGCAGAGUGCAAGAGAGAAAGAGAAAGCUGGCUUUUACCACUUAAGAAUGCGGGAAUAUGAAAUGAAGCAUUCUCCCACAAUUCUUUUUGCAAAAGUCCAGAUCGUUUCACAAUUUCGACAUCUUAAAUUCCGACCACAACUUUAUAGGUAAAAUGGUGUUUGUAGUGCGAAAUUAAACUGCUUUGUUUGUCAGGCUUAAAAGCUUUUGACAAAGUAGCUCGGUACAAUCAAUAAUAACUUUUGUGUUGGAGUAACAAUCUUUAAACAUGUUUUGACGAAGCUGUUCUAAAUUCGACCACAUCAGUAUAGCGCCAAGUUUGAGGUAAGUAAAGUUGGACCGGGGUGUCUUGAAACAGUUGACUUUGGAGUAUUGAACAGCCAUAAUGUGAAUGUCAAUGAAAACCGUAGUAUCAGCUAUGUUGAAAACAUAACAGUUAAUCAAUAGCCGGCAUUUUAGGUCAUAGACCAGGUCUUUUACUCAGGUUUAAGAAAUGAUGGAGAUGACAAUAAAUCUUCUGGUAAUUUUUUUUUAACUUUCUUACUAUCCGGGUAGUGAUAUUCAGCGUUUUCACAAGCUAAGCCUGGAUCCAAAUAAUCAAACUAAAUCUCAAACUUUUCUUUCUUCAUUCCAGUAAACAAUUUUAAAAUCAUACCUGUUGUCUUUGUUAUCAUAUGUAAACAUUCGGCUUUUCAAAUUUUUUUUAAUAAUUUCAAAAAUCCACGAAUUCCAAUUAUUAUGAAAGUUAUAUUAAUCAUUAUUUACAGGAUUUCCUGUUGCAUUUCUCAAAACAAAUGACCUUGUGAAUCCAUGUUGCUUUAUUCCAGCAACCUGUACUCAUGGCAAAUCUCUCUGUCUCUGUUUUGCAUCAUGUUUUUUUAAAUCUGUUUAAAUUUCAGCUUUCAAUAUAACAAUUGCAUGUUAUUACUAUUAUUACUACUUCCUAAUUUGAUAUGGUUAGCAUAAUAAUUAACAGAAUCAAAAAAUAAACGGAAAUUUAUGCAUAAACCCGAUUUUCUGGGUUUAUCCGGAUUAAAUUAACUUCAACUGCCCCUCAAAUUUGCGGGUGAACACCGAUGAUUUAUGUUUUAAUUAUUUUCAACUAUAUUUUUUACUCUUAUUAGUUGAACAAGAAUAACAAUACCAUUGACUUGCAAUUUUCUACCCUAAAUACAGAGUCCUGUAUGCUUUCUAUGAAACCAUCCUCCGCAGUUAUCGCAUUCCGCCAUUUAUUUGUCUAGAAUAUAGUUCUCGGCAGCUGACCAUGGCAUUCGGCAACUGCAGUAGACACUGACGCAUAUAUCCUUGGGUGCACACCUUCAAGUCGUGCCUUCACAUUGAAGAAACUAGUUUGCCGCGACGAUGUGAUAUGCAAACGCUAUUGCGAAAACACCACAGGCCACCCCGUUUUUUGUUGCUGAAGAGGAAUUACUUUCACUUUCAGCUGAUCUUCACAGUAGUUAAUAAUUGCGAAUAUUUGAGUUUUUGUGUCAUCUUCAACCUUUCCCCGAAAAAUGCUGUCCAUCACAAUUCUUCAUCUGGCUUACAUCCAUAUGUAGAGAUGCAAUGUAGUGAGGAUUUCCAUCAUGCAACACCUGUGCAAAUGCUAUACUGCAAUAUAUUCGAAAAUUAAGCGUUUGACCAAGCACCUUGUCCACUCACAUUUGUAAACUUUCGUUUUAAUAUAUUCUAGCUUAGUAUAAUUGUUGUUGUGAUCUAUUGAUUGAUUGAUUGAUUGAUUUAAUUUAUUUAUCUAUCAACUGCUCAACUUUCGCUUUUGGACGACUUUUAACCACGGCAUUUAUUGGAGACUUGUUUGAGAUUUGUUCAGAGUUUAUGUAUUUGUGUAUUCAGCUAGCUUUCAACUUCUAUUAAGGAUUGAUCAGUUCCCAGAAGUAAUUAACGAGAUUCGUGUGAUUCUAACAAUCUUUUGUAUUUUUUCAAAACUACAAUGUUUUUCUAUAAAUACCGUAAAUAAUAUAAGCGAUUGAUUAGAGUAUGUGUUGAUGCUUUAUGUUCUUGUAAGAUAAGAAACUAUUUGUUUUAACACCGAUUGGUAUGUACUUUUAGAGUUUUGAGUAGCUUUUACUCCUUCGACUCUUAAACACGAACUAAGUGAUAUAUACUGUGGUUUCUUACAGUGUAGAGUAGAUCCUACUUCUUUAACUCUCAAACACGAACUAACUAAAUAUUUUAAAUAUCCCGUAUAUAUAUUUUUUCUCCGUAAUUAAAUAUUAAUAUAUGUUGACGUAAGCACAUAAUCUAAUUAUUACAAUUUAUGUACAUAAUUAACGACUAUUGUUAAUGUUUUCUGGCGUAAGAAGUUCAAAAUCGUUGUUAAACCAUUCUCGUGGUUUCUUGAGUUUGGCUUGUGUUACUUCUUCUCGUAAUUCACUGAUUCUUUUCUCGUUCCCCACUAUUUGUCUCGUUUUUCGUGUUAAUUCUGGUGUUGUAUGUUAGAUGCGAGAUUGGAGGAAGGGAUUUUAAUAGUUAAUGUGUAAAUCCUAUUCUAUAAGAUGUUUAUACCAUAUAUAGCUCUCUCGUGGAGCCAUAUUGUCCUUCAUGAUCGUGAAGAAUUAAUUAAUCCUUUCAUGAAUUUCGUCUUCUCUUUCCUUGGUGUAUACUAACGUUCGCUUUUUAUUAUCUUUAUCAAAUAUGUAACGCGGUACAUCUUCUACCGUUUUGAUGAAAGGUUUUUCUAUUUGAGUGUUCAUCUUGAGUGUCGUCGUUAAAUAAAAUAAAAUUAUAAAUGUUUCUUUUAUAUAUUAUGUAUCUUUUAUAUAUAUGCAUAUUUUUUAUAUAAUGUGCAUGUUAUUGUGCAUGAUUUAUUCACGUGCUCGCCACGCUUGAUUCUCCACCGUUAGGGUAUUGGAAUCCUCAUUUUGUGGUGUAGAAGCCAGUGUGAUAACUUCUUGUUCGCUUCUGUCAUAGUUAGCAGAUGUUAAAGAAGUUGGGUAUAUUGUUUGUAGAUACAAGUUUUCAGUAGUUAUAUGGUCAAACCAUAGUUUGGAUGUCUGUUGGUCUAAUCCUCUAUUCAUCAGAUUGAAAAAGUAGUUCAUACGUUUUUUUAUAUUUUCUUCCAAAUAGUGAGUAUGUAUGUACUUAUCAUCUUUGGGCCAACAGUUUAUGUGUCCAAUUGUGUCUAGUUUGCAUAGACCGCUAAAUUACCUCUGCAGAAUGGACAUUUUUCCAUUUUUUGUCUAAUUCGUAACAAACUUUGUGCAUACGCUCACAUUCGUACAUUGGUGGAUCUUCCGUAGUAAGACAUAUGAGACAUGUCUCUUCUGAUGUCUUUUCCUCCUCUGGUUCUGAAAAUGUUUUACAGACGGUGCUUCGAUUGAAUAGUAGUUUGUUGAGUUUAUUUGCCGUUUUUUCAAUCUCCUUUCUUCUCAUUGUGGUAAUAAGAUAACUACACCAACGACAAUUGUCUUUGAUGUAGGUUUUUGUGUAUAAAUAAGUCAAUCGGAUCUGAUUGUACUUUAAUGGGUAUGUUUAAACUCUUGAUUUUUUCCGCCAAUGAUCUCCUGUUGACGUAAGGUUGAUUCCUAGCGUGCGUUCUUAAUAAAUUGUUUCUUUGUGCCAUGUUGCUUUGGUAUCAAAUGAUAAAUGAGUAGAUUUUCUUUGUUAUGUUUCUUUUAUAGGUAUUGCAUAGUUUAUGCUGUAAUUUCAUUGGUUCAUAUUUUUAGAUCAAUUCUAUGUUGUAACAGGUGGUUGUUGAUAGUGAUACUUGGACGUCUUUUUAUUCUUUUGUUAUGGAUACCUUUUCGUUAUGAAGAAGUUUAUCUUUCAAAACGAAGUAAUGGCUGGUUUGUCUUGAAAAAUAUACAUUUUAAAAUAAUUUUGGAUGUUAUUUGAAACUAAAUGGUACCGGUUGUUGAUUCCAAUUGGAAAUCCAUUCCAAUUUUAGGACGAUAGACAUUUUACUGUUGAGUACAACAAGAGUCGUCAACAUCUGCAUACAGUAAAUUAUUUACUCCAAUGUUUUGUAAACAGAAAAUAAGAAAGAUGGAUCAUUUUGAGGUACAUUUAUAUAAAUGUGAGUUACAUCUUCGGUAACAUGCCAAUGUUGGUUGGAAUAUUGGAAGAAUCAAUCAAUGAUUGAUUCUUGGGCAAAGGACUUUUUUACCGGAUUGAUAGUAAUGGUAGUGGUUGUCCUUUGUCAAAUCAUAAUCCUGUGGAAGUUGAACUUUUGGUGCUAUUGGAUGCAAUCAAAGAUGCAAUCUUUAUUGACAGAGAACUUGACUGCCAAUAUUAUUGUCAUCACGAAAGUAUUGUCUCCCGUCAACAAUAUUUCCAUUGGGCCAAUCGGAUAAACCAACACAUGAUUAUAUUUCCAUCCAAAGAUUUGCUCAUCUUGGAACAUAGUGAAAGAGUAUCCAUUUUGUUUCCUUUAAGCUUCAAAGGAUCUUGUCAUCACUUAUACUGAAUGUAUACUCAUGUAUCGGUCCAAUUAUACCAGAAUUUACAAUUUGUAAGUAUUUAUAAGCAUUCUUCGUAGUAAUCAUCAUAAUAAUCUUCACGUCUGUGUUCUGGAUGUUUUCCGGUAGUAUAACCUUUUGUUUUCUGUUUAUUAUUUCUUGUCUGCAAUAGGAACGGUUUUCUGAAAGAAUAAUCGUAUACCUUAAACACUCUGUCCAGACUUUUCUUAUUUCUUCCGUGCAAUAAUCUACAUGGCACAUAAUUGUUACUUCUGCCUGUUGAUUGUCUAACAUGUUACAAUAUUUGGCAGUUGCAUUAGCUCCUGUUGGUCCAUACAACUGAAGAGGUUAAAGACAGAUUCGCUUAACACUUGCCAUGCGUACAUUCAUGACGGAAUAUGAUGUGAGUUUAAUGUGGCCAUGUUUUAUUUUCUGAAAAAGGUGUAAUCCACUGUCUAAGUAAUCAAGGAAUAACCUUGAAAUAUAGUUCAAAGUGAUAUAACUUUCAUUAUUCCACACACUUUGGGUACAUCUUCCUGCAACAGAAUUACACAAGCAAUUGCGGGCUGUUUCGAUUAAAUGUGGUGGAUCUGAGAUGAAGUAAAUGAACCGUUCUUCAUCUAUCAUAACAUUCAAAGUGCGGUAUGUUACGUCCACUUCUGCAUUAAUGUCAGCUACACGGUCAUGUUUUGGUGCAUAUGGUACAUUCCUCGGCUUAAAGAUGCCCCAUGACUUGUGACACCAAUAAAUUUUAUGACGCAUUUUUCCUCCAGUAUGCCAACCGCUUUCCAUUGAUGUGACAUUGAUAGUAGCAAAAUUUGAAAAUAAAGAUUUCAAAUGACGAAUAAUAGUCCCCCAAACGAGCUCUACUAGGGAGUACCAAGAAACCACUUUUCUUCUUAUCGUUAACUCGAAUCUGGUCAUAAAAGGCGGGGGAUUUUGCAGCUAAACCCAAGCAGUACCGAAUAACCAUAAUGAUAGCGAGUACCAGUUUUGGAUGAUGACAAGUAUUUCUACUGCUCUUCCCCCAAAAAAUUCAUAAAUGGUGGUAUCUUGCGGACAGGAACUGCACAGGUGAAAAUGUCAUCUUGCAUUUUUAGUAACUUCCUUUAAUUAUUUAUUUUCCAAUCUGUAAUUUUGAAGGGUUUUUAUGUAACGAUCUGGAGAAGUCAUGGAAAUUGAUGCUUAAAGUUUAGCGGGUAAAAUUAAAUUUUCCCUUUUCCUUUUUAAAUUUGGGCUUUCUUUUGACUGACACAUUUCAAGCAUUUUUCAGAAAAUGGCAGAAUAAAAACUAUGCAAUUUGAAGAUCGAUACCAUUUCCUUUACCCUCCUUGGGUAUUUAAGAAUAUACUGACGAAUUUAUUAACCCAAAUGAAUUCUCCUCGAAAUUAAAUUUUGAUCUUUUUUUACCUUUUUCUCCUAAGACAGUAAUACUUGAAAUUCAGAAGAUGUCGGAACUUGGUGAUUAAAAUGAUCUUUUUCACUCUCUUUCAUGGUCAUUACAAGCAUAUUUCAAGCUUUUUUAACAUUUAAAUUUAGCAAAAAUAAGUAAAGAUGCAAAUCUUUUUUUACUUGAAUUUCACAUCCUUUUGUACCUAUUCUUCUUUGUUUAGUUAGUUUGCAUGUAGGAGUUGCCCUCGCAGAUUCAUGCUAUAAUUGAUAGGCCAAGCAAAGUGAUUAUAGUAGGGAAAUUGUUAUUUUUAUUUUUAACUGUGAAUUCAGUAAGUGUAGUUUUAGAUCUUUUAAGAUUAUUAUUACAGGCGAGGUAGCUCUGAGGAGAGUAGAUUGAGUGUUAAGUCUAGUAUUCUGCAUUUAGAGUUGAAAUCGCAAAAUUCUAAUCUGAGAUCAUUUUUUGGAUUUUUUAAGUCACAGGCAAUGUCCAUCGAUUACAACCGACAAUGAUACUAAUAUUACCAGGUACUAGUGGUUGCAGAUGUUGACCUUAUUGUUAAAAAUUUAUUAUAUCACCAUGUACCAUAACGUCAGUCUGGUGCAUAACUACAAUAUUAUUAACAACAAAAACAUUGUAACCAAAGCAUGUGCAUUUUCUGACGACAGUAGCUCUUUCGUAAUAAGUUCAUAAUUUCUAUACUAAAUAAUGUAAAAUGCCCACAGAAUAUUAAAUUGGUUUUAAACUCAACACUUGCCAUUUUGAUACAUUUCGUUUGGCUAGUCAAACUAUAUAGUUUUUCGUGUUUACAUCAGAAAACGUGUUUUUCGAGCCCUGCAUCUUACUUCUUUCUCACUUUUAGUCUUGUUGAGUAUGACUGCAUUGUACUGUGUCAUUUUAUAAAUUUGAUGAUAUUUUUUUUCUGCCGGGAAAUGUUAGGAGCAUUUGUAUUCUUAUAUAAUGGUGCAGUUAAUAGAAUUGUAUUUCACGACACAGAAAAAUAUUUAUGUCUUUUAUUUUAUUGUGAUGUUCGUUUAUUUUUUUUUAUUUUUUUUUAUAUAGAAAAAUAUGUUAGAAAACAUGUAAACAUUUUAACCAUGUAAAUAGUGAGAUUGAUAAAAAGAUAUUUUUACCACAAUAACGUGUAUGGAAAUA